AUGGCCGAUGUUCCACAGCUCGUCAAAAUCGGCAUUUCGCUGAAGAUGCUUCCCAACAACACCGCCGUCUACUUCAAAUCCGACGGAGCCAGGUUCGGACAAACCCGAACCAUUAAGCUGCUCACCGGUUCCAAGUACAAGAUCGAGGUGGUGAUCAAACCCGGAGCGGUCGAGGCCACGUCAAUGAGUUUGGGUGGCAUCACCUUUGCUCUGGAGCAGCAGUCCAAGGACCCUCAGUCGGUGGUCUACUCGGGCCUGUACGACACGGAGGGCGUAGCUCACACCAAGAGUGGAGAAAGGCAGCCCCUUCAGAUCAGUAUACAGUUCACCGAGGCGGGCACGUUUGAGACGGUGUGGCAGGUGAAGUACUACAACUACCACAAGCGGGACCACUGCCAGUGGGGCAACAGCUUCAACAGCAUCGAGUACGAGUGCAAACCCAACGACACGCGCACGCUCAUGUGGGUCAACAAGGAGACUUUUAUUUGA